ACCGAACCUCUCUACCAGAUUUCUAUUAAUUCCAGUAAUAUUUGGCCAUAUAUAUCCGGAUUGACAAAGAAGCGCAUAGCAGUAUUGCCGUCAUUCGUAUUUCCGAAUCCAGGCUUGGGAACAUCAACUAGUAAACAAAGUUGUUCUUUAAAUUGAGUUUGAUUCUGCGUUUUCUUUCUACUACAAUUCGCUUAUUUAUUUUGCCCCGACCUUAUUUUAUUUUAUUUUUAUAUGAAAUAUGUAGAGACAGUCAUAAAAUCGUAUGUAGGCAAGUAAAGUGAUAUCCCCAGAUUCAAACUAUCGGGAUUACAAGGAUCUGAUGCUUAAGGACCGUAAUUCAUGGUCAACAUUUGUUUAGCAACAGUUGAUCAACAUUAUUGGGAGCGGCGAGAAUGUUGCUAGCUACUAUGUUUAAAUCAAUACAGAUUGUCCACACGCCAGUCUGCGUUAAAAUGUUGCCCGAGGAGGUAAUGUUGUUGUGUUCUCUAUAUCUGAUAGAUAGGAUUUCUAAUAAAAAAAAGAGAAAAAGAUGGUGGAUUCGAAACUAUCUUUUGCAAAGAGAAAAUUUGAUGAGUGACCUCAGAAUGAUAGAUGGAUCAUUUUGUAACUUUACGAGAAUGUCGAAAAAUGAUUUCGAACAUCCUCUGGAAAUGAUUUGUCCAUUAAUAGCCAAAAGGGAAACAAAUAUUCGUCAGCCGGUAUCUUGCAACUGGAGAUUCAUACAGUUCUCUUUCAUACAAAUUCAGAGUAUCAAAACAAAUGAUUAGCAAAAUCAUGAGGUUUAAGAUCUUUAUUUAGCUCAUAACAAUUUAACAUUCUCUUACAUCAGUCAUAUAAAUAUAAUUUUCAAAAAUAUACAUAGUUGGGCUUGCAUUUUCACUGAGUACACACAAAAACAAAAAUAACACCUAUUGAAUAACAUUAUUAAAUGAUGAAGGUAGUUUUAGUCUCAUACACGAACCUAAGGAAAACAC